AUGUCCUACGUCAACAGCUACACCCCAUCGCGAGAGACGACGGUACCGGACGCCGAGCUCUAUGGACCCGAUCCAUACGACAUCAACUUCGCCUUCCCUCUCUACCCGGAAACACUCAAGACACCCCGCGUCAAACCCGUUCCCUUCAUCCCGCGCAUCCAUGCAGACGCAUACUGGGCGAACGUCAAGGACCGUCGCGCCGAGCUCUUCCGCUACUACACGCGCUUCUUUGACACCCUCCCCGAGUUCCUCGCUUUCCACGAACUUUACUUCCGGCGCAACCCACAUCAGCUCCUCCUUGCCAUCGUCGACAAGACGCGCCCGGACCCUGCACACUCCGAGUGGGGCGGGAGCUUCGUUGGCGUCGUCGGACUCAUCAACACCUCCGCAGCGAACCUACAGAUGGAGCCCGGCUGGGUGCUCGUCUUUCCCGAGUUCCAGCGCACGCACGUCGCGAAGACGAUGGUCGCGAUCGUGCUGCACUACAUCCUCCAGAUGCCGACCGCGUCGCCCCCGGGGCUCGGGUUCCGCCGUGCGCAGUGGUGCGGGCACGCGCUGAACGCGCCGUCGAUCGCGCUCGGGGAGCGGAUUGGAUUCAAGCGCGAGGGGACCCUUCGGAACGCCAUCGUACUCCCGGAGGAGAAUGUGGAGUAUGGGAGGCAGGGCCGGCUGGGAGACGCGCUCGAGGGACGGUCGAGUCGGGAUACGGCGAUCCUGUCUCUGUGCUGGGAUGACUGGGAGAACGGGAAGAGGGAGAAGGUGCAGGCCAUCCUUAUCUGCGCUUCGAGCAGCAUGGCCCCUACCGAUCAUGUUGGCAGCCCUGCAGAAUCCAAAACCGGAGUGUUAAAUGCAAGCUCCACCGGUUCUGACGAGUCCGAGGACAAAGUUCUCCUCACAGAUAGUCGAGAAUCCUCUCCGUCUCAACUAGAUUUCUCAGAGUCUUCCGAAGGCGAGCAUCAGGAACAGCAAGGCGACGAGACGCAAGAUGCCGGUACCCCAGACCGUGCUGUGCCAGUGGCCACAGUAAGCUUAGGUCCGAAUGCGUUCAGUGACGCCAUACGCUAUCUCGACCAGGUCAAGGCGCAGUUCUCGGAGAGGCCGGACGCGUACAAGACUUUUCUGGAGAUCUUGCAGGAUUUCAAAAACGGGCGCCUCGACACACCAGGCGUUCUUGAGCGUGCAGCCAUUGUUUUCCAUGGUCACCCGUCCCUCAUGCAGGGAAUGAACACUUUUAUUCCUAACGAAAACCGGAUGAUGGAGACCGUGUCCAAACCAGUCACACCGGGUGAGAAUCUGGUUACUCCAAUGAGCAAACUGUAAGGACCCGGGAGAGGUUUCUGUAACAAUACGUGUGCGAAGACGAGGAGAACUCCCUGGAAAUAUUUCAAACGGAAUGGCCACCUGUACCGGCUUCAUCAUCUCCAUGGCGUGCGUCAGGACUGGCACGCCAGGCGUUGGCGGCGUGUGAGUGGCCUCGGAGGCCUCAAUGGACGGCGGCAGGAGUGGCGGGCUCAGGCUAGCCCCAAGCGAUCCGAGAGAGUGUGCACGCGAGAGCGUUCACCCCACGUCUAUCUCAAGCCAUACAUGUCGACGGAUGCCUCGGGUCGGCGGUCCCAAGCGGGAUUCAGGCCCACCGGGGAAUUUCACCGCUGGUCGGAUGAAGGAUACAGAUCCCGAGCGCCGCACCGAUCAAACGCACCACAGAGUGAGCGGUGGUUUUCAACCUUGCGGAUAGUACGGACGAGCUAUAUAAAGCUAGCUGUCAAUUGUGCUCCAGCCGUCGAACUUCGAGGACGACCUACCCGCGACAACAUGGCUUUCGUCAACCACUACACCCCGCAGCCUGAGCCCGAGUCAUCGCUCCCCGACGACGAGCUUUAUGGCCCAGACCCGUACGACAUCAACUUCGCCUUCCCUCUCCACCUCGAUACCCUCGAGACCGCCCGCGUCAAGCUCGUCCCCUUCAUCCCCCGCGUCCACGCCGAGACGUACUGGGAGAACGUCAAGGACCACCGCGCGGCGCUCUACGCCUACUACUCGCGCUACUGGCGCUCCCUGCGCGACUUCCUCGCCUGGCAGGAGGUUUACUACCGGCGCAACCCGGUGCUGCUCAACCUCGCGGUGAUCGACAAGACGCGCCCCGACCCCGCGCACCCCGACUGGGGCGGGAGCCUCGCGGGGCUCGUCGGGCUCAUCAACACGUCCGCGCCGAACCUACAGAUGGAGACCGGGUUCAUCAUGGUGUUCCCGGACUUCCAGCACACGCACGUCGCGAAGGAGAUGAUCGCGGUGAGCCUGCGCUACAUCCUUCAGCUCCCGACGCAGUCGCCGCCCGGGCUGGGUUUCCGCCGCGCGCAGUGGAUCGCGAACGUGCACAACAAGCCGUCGGUGGGGUUGGCGUUGCGGAUGGGGUUCAAGAUGGAGGGGACAAUCAGGCAUGUCGCGGUGCUUCCCGAGGAGAACACGGCGUACGGCAACAAGGGCCGGCCUGGAGACCCGUUCGAGAAGCUGACGAGCCGAGACAACGCCCAACUGUCGCUGUGCUGGGACGACUGGGAGAACGGGGAGAGGGAGAAGGUAGAGGCCCUGAUUGCUUAGGAGGGUUUGGUAUCGUAAAUGUUGCGCUCGGCUUGCGAAACUUUCUGGGUUUUCGAUCAUCUCAUGCGCACAUCACAUGUAUUUCUGUAAGAGGC